GUUAAUUGCAGUUUAUAUUUCAACAAAGAAUUAUACUUCAAUCUGCAUAGAAUUUCAAUAGAUAAGAUACUUGAAACAAGAAACUUGACAUGGGGAGAUUGUUGUUGAACCUGUUAUUAAACAGCUGCUUAUUCAUAAACACAAUAGCUUUUUUAUUUAACUUCGACUCUUUUUUUAACAACGAUGAGCCCAAGCCAGAAUUCCGUUUACCGAACUAUAUUAUACCAGUGCAUUAUGAUAUCCAGCUCGAUCUGACAUAUUUUGACGCAGAAGGAAAUCUAUUCAAAUAUAUCUUCGGGAUAUGCAAUGUCGAUAUUAACAUUAUUCGUCCAACAAAAGAUAUAAGUUUGCACGCAAAAAAGCCGCAAAUAGAAGUACAGAAUGCUAUCCUCACCAAUAUAUCGUCAUUAAAACUUUAUAAACCAACAAAUGCUACAUAUAACAGUGAAACUCAUAUUCUCGUCUUUCACUUUAAUGAUCAAUUAUCAAUUGGAAAUUAUACAUUAAUGAUGAACUUCACCAGCUUUCCGAAUGAUGAUGGAAGUUUCUUGAGAAUUACCUACGCAAACUCAAAUAAAAAUAAAGCGUGGUUUAUCGCAACACCAUUCCAAGCAAUUGGAGCUCGACAAUCGUUUCCAUGUUGGGACGAGCCAGGAUUAAAAGCGACAUUUAAAAUCUCUGUUAAGCAUUAUGCAAGGUAUAUAGCUGCAUCAAACAUGCCGAUAGAACAUGUAACUAAUGAUGUUAAGCAUGAACUCUUGACAAAAUUUAAAACCACUCCUUUAAUAUCUACUUACCUCGUCUUGUUUGUAAUAUAUGAUAAGUUCCCUCUCGACCUACAAUUCGAACAGCAAUAUAUCCAAGAAACAGUGUUUGCAGAUAAUGUCACCCAACUUAUCACAAUGAACCUCAAAAGAUGGAAAUAUUUUAAAGAUAUUUCAAAUAUGUAUCAUCAUAUUAUUUUAGACAGUCAAAAUAAUAUCACCAAGAAACUUAUUCUUUACAGAGAUGCAACUAUUUUCUACAAUGAUGAAUUAGAUUCUGAUAUACACAAAUUGGAUGUAAUACGUAGAAUAGGAUAUGAACUGGUACAUCAAUGGUUUGAUAAUCUGAUCAGCCCAGUCCAUUGGCCUGACUAUUGGUUGAACGAGGGUAUUGCUAUAUUGCUGGGAACAGAUGUCAUCAAUCAGGAUUUUGAAGAUCUCCGUAUGUGGGAUCUAUUCAUGGUUCAAAUUCAACAAGAAGCCCUUCGUUUCGACAAUUCUCCAAGAGAUAUUAUGAAGCCUCUUACAUCAGAAAUCAAUAAACUGUCUGAAAUUGAUUCACUUUUUUCUUUUUCUUUUCAUAUUAAAGCACCUGUCAUACUGCGUAUGUUGCGACAUUUUCUUACCGACCAGGUAUUCCAAAGGGGUAUUGAGAUAUUUCUUAGCAAACACAAAUUUAGUUCGGCAUCUAUUGAUGAUUUCUGGGAAAGCAUGCAAAGUGCUCAUAAUGCAACUAAUAUGGAAAGAAUUAUUGUGAGAGAAAUAAUGAAUGCUUGGACAAAGCAAAAACAUUAUCCUAUUUUAAAGGUUGCACAGAUAUAUGAUUACACAAAUUUUCAUUAUGUAAGAAUAACAGUAGAAAAUAUUGAAAAUCAUUGGCACAUACCUGUAACUAUAACUACGCAGACUACAUCAAAUUUUACGAUACAUCCUUGGAAAUUUUUCUAUAAUUGGAAAAAGUCAAAUUCUACUUGGUUUAUGGAUAUUGCUACAGAUGGCCAUAUCGAUGACUGGAUAAUAGCUAACUUACAACAAAUUGGAUAUUAUCGCGUUAAUUACGAACUUAAAAAUUGGCAAAAUAUUGCGAAAUAUUUGAACUCUGGAAACUAUAAUAAAAUACAUGUUCUCAAUCGUGCUCAAAUUAUCGACGAUGCUUAUUAUUUCUUGUCAUCACGCAAACUCGAUAUGUCUACAUUUUUGGAUCUUGCGAAAUACUUAUCGCAAGAGACAGAUUUUGUGGCAUGGUAUCCUAUGAUCAAAGCUCUUGAAGAUAUGUCAAGUAUCUUUCUAACAUCGGACAUAAAAGAAAAUGCCGAUUUAUUCAAGAAAUUUUUCAUAAGAGAAAUAUUUAAUGGAGUCCUUGAACGCAUUGGAUAUCAAGAAUAUUCUGAAGAGAAUGUCCUUACUAAAUGUUUAAGACAAGAAAUUGCCAAGUGGGCAUGUGUUCUGAAGGAUCCUAAAUGCAUACAAAUGGCCAGAAAUAAAUUGGAACAAUAUGUUAUGCGUUCUGACAAAAUUUUAUCAUGGUGGAAACAAUGGACAUACUGUAACGGUAUAAUGAUGGAAGAAGAUUUAAACGGUACUUGGUCGAUAAUAUUAGAAAAAUGGGCGUCAGGUUCUGAUCACAGAAUUUUAGAAUUUCUAGCUUGCAUUGCACAUCCUAUAGCUAUCAAAGAAUAUUUGAAUGAAGAAAGUUUGCAAGCAUAUCUAGAUCUGAAAAAAACAUAUUUUUCUGAGAAAAAUAUAUUUGUAAACUUCCGAGACAUUGACCGUGUUAAAAGGUUUCUUUCCAUGAUUAUAAGACAUGCAAAGAACGAUGAAAUACUUGAGUAUAUAUUGCAAAAUUUUGAAAAAGUAAAACCCAGGGAAAUUAAUACGUACACAGCAUUGAUUAUUAUAAUUAAUCAUGUAUAUUCUGAGGCACAAUUACACAAGAUUAUGGAAUUUGCGGAUAAUCUUAUGGAACGAUACAUUUUAGAUACUAAUAAUUUAGAGGAUAUUUUGCUUCGUAGUGAACUUGACAAGUUGCGUGAAUAUGUAAGAGCUAUGAUAUCCGAACGAAUUUUAUUUAUCGUUCACAAGAUAGCAAAACGUUUACAUGAAAUCCGCCUUAUCCAAUGUCGAGCCAGAAAAAUGUUGUCAAAUUUGAAUAAUUCACUUAUUGAUCUAUGAAUAGUACAAAUUAUAUAUCGCUCGGAG